AUGGCUGCGGGUAAUAUUACGAAUAAUUCUUCAUCUGAAAUCAAUGUGGUUAUCAUUGGAGAAACAGGCACUGGUAAAUCAACAUUUAUUAAUUAUUUAACAAAUUUAUUUCAUAAUGGUUCAUUAGCAAAUCUAAAAGUAGCUAUACCAACACGUUAUUUAAAAGUUAAUAUGUCAUCUGUAAUGCCUCAACAUCAUGAAAAUUGUAUCGAUGAUAUUACACGUAGUAAAACAAGUAAAUGUACUAGAUAUACAUAUAUUGUUGAACAAGUUCAUUUUAAUUUUUUUGAUACACCUGGUAUAAAUGAUACAGGUGGUUAUUUAUCUGAUAAUGAAAAUGUUGAUCGAAUAUUUGAAUGUAUUCAAACAUUACAACAUCUAACAGCUCUUGUACUUGUUUUAAAUGGUACACAAGCACGUUUAACAGUUAAUAUACGAAAUGUUCUUGAACGUUUUCGUGAUCGAAUACCUGAUAUAAUCUAUUCGAAUGUAAUUGUUAUAUUAACAAAUUGUGCAUUACAUACAGUUAAUUUUGGUUCAGUUAAAUUAUUAAGUCAUGCACCUAUAUUUCAUAUGCAAAAUUCAGCUUUUUCAUCUGAUGCUCAAACAUGGUCAGCACAUACACGUGACAUAUUACAACGUGAUUGGAAUAUAUCAAUGCAAACAAUGAAUGAUUUUGUUAAAAAUUUACUUACAUUAACACCUGUUUCAACAGAAUGCUUAUCAGAAAUGAAUGAUGAUCGAGAUGCUAUACGAAGUAUUUUACAUGAAAGUCGACUUAUGAUUAUGGAAUUACAACAUAUUGAAGAUGAAUUAGUUGCACUUGAACAAGCAUCAAAUAUUUAUUCAGCUAAUAUUGAAAAAUAUGCAUCACCGAAUGGUCCCUCGACAAAAUCGAUUCAGGUUAAUGAAAUAACCGUAACAUCCUAUCAUAAUACAAUAUGUUCAAAAUGUAAUACAGUUUGUCAUGAACGAUGUUCAUUAACAGAAACAACACGAGUUGGUGAACGUGUUUUUCGACGUUGUACAGUUAUUGUUAAUGGUCGAUGUACGGCAUGUCCUGGUAAAUGUUCUUAUGAUACACAUUAUCAUGAUCGACGCCUUAUUAAAACUGUUCCUAGAACAUUAAAAGUAGCUAUAUCAUCGGUAGCUAAUAAAUAUAGUGAAGCAAGAAAAGAUAAAGCAGCUUGUGAAACAAAAUGUGAAACAGUUCAAGAAACGAAACGUUUUAUUGAACAAUCAUUACAAGAACAAUAUCUAAGAGUACGUGAUGCAUGUUUACGUGUAAAAAGUAAUUGUCAAGGUUUUAAUGUUGCUGAAGAAUUAUGCAUGUUUGUUAGUUAUCUUAAAAAUGAUAUGAGUUCAUUACGAUCAUCGACAGUAACGAAAAAAGCAACAAAAUUUGUUGAAAAACUUGAAAAACUUGCCGAUGAUUUACAACAUGAUGAUUCUAUGAUAUCAAUUAUUGAACAACCAUCAUCUACAACAACUUCUUCUUCAACAAGAUCACCACCACUUCCUGCCGUACGAAAAACAGUUAACAAUGGUAAUAAUAAUAAUCAUAAGCAAUCUACAAAAUCAUCUCAAUUGCAAACAAUGUCAGCAGUCACUGAUGAUUUAAUUUCAAUUGAUCCAUCACCUGCUUCAUCAUUAGCUGCACAAGUUGAUCGUCUUUUUAGUGGUUCAUAUAAUUCAUUAAAUGCAAUUAAUGAUAUUUCAUUAACUGACGAUGAUGAACAACGAAAUAAAAAACUACCAGGCAUUGGUACACGUGAUUUAAUUCAUCGUAUUCAAACUUCUCAGCAACAACAACAGACAUCAGACUUAAGCAAUACACGUAAAUAUUCUGAAUAUACAACUGAACGUCUUUUAGCUUUAAGUCGUGAAUCAACUGAAGAAUGUAAAUUAAUUGCAAAAGAAUUAAAUCGUCGUUGUGGUGGAACAUCAAUUGGAUAUUUAUCAUCAACACAAUUAUUAAUAUUAUGUGAAUAUUAUGCAUCAUCUCGUCUAUUACAAUUAGAUGAACUCGUUCGUCAACAUUCACAACUUCAAUCUGAUGUCCAACAAUUAACUGAUCAUGAUCCAUUUGAAAUACUUUCUGUACCGAUAGAUAAAUUAUUACAUUUAGCUGCUGUAACACUUUGUUUACAGAAUGCUACUAAAUAUUCAUAA